ACAGCCGAAGCUCGCGCUCAGUUUGUUUGUAUUCCUUUAAGCUUUGUUACAGGUACCAACGGUUAUUUAUUUAUUUAUUUAUGACUGGAUAAUUUUAAAAAUGAUUCAGUUACAGUAACUAUUCUUCGGGUGGCAAGAAGGAGGAAGCAAAUAAGAUUAAUUUCGGACACACCGAGGUUUUACUUUGUUGCUACACGACAUGGCGCAGCUGGCACCGGAACUUUAGCUAGCAGUGCUAACAGAAGCUCUUAAUUUAGCACACGCGCGCGGUGGCAUUUCACCGAGCUGUUCUUACAUCUUUCUUCGCCCUGUUGUUGCAGGAGCAUGUUGUCUAAAUAAUAAGCUGGUUUAUGAGCUCAUUAUGGAAGAAAGAGAAGAAAGUUGCAGCUUCAAUGUAGGAGGAUGUGUUUUCUCCUUCCCUCUGAACAGACUGGCCUACUUCCAGGACUCCUUACUGCUCAAAUCAGCCAGUGCACAUGGAGACAAUUCUACUCUGUUUAUUGAUCGAGAUGGCUGUGCAUUUAGACAUGUUUAUGACUACAUAAGCACAGGAAAGUUGACUUCAGCGUGUGCAUCGGAAAUUAACAUAUUACAUGAACUUGCAGCAGGUCUUCAUCUAACGGCACUGCAGCAGGCUUUGGAAAAUCUCCUGCAGGUGACAGACUGCUGCAAGAUCCGUGCCUUUAACUCCAAACCAGAGCCUGAAUCCUCUGCCAAUUUCCUGCAGUCAGGGACAGUCCUACUGCCAGAGCUGUUCAGUGAAUAUGGAGAAUUGUGUGAUGAAGCCAGAAUGGUGGGCAUGACUGAGUUUAUAGAGACGCUGCAGGAACUGAGUGAUUGGAAAGAUGGGAGCACUUCGAGUGACUCAUGUUCAGAAGGUCAGAUGUGCUGUGCAAUGGAGCCGCUCUAUGUUCUGAGCUUGAGUCUGUUGGUGAAGUAUCCAGACUCCUCACUGGGUCAGCUGUGUGUGGACAGCAAUCUGGAGGGCAGCAGACUCUACAUCACAGGCACUGGAGUGCUCUUUGAACAUGUGGAGAACUGGCUGGGAACAUCACGUUUACCUCUGACAAGGACUGCAGAAGAGCUGCCUUGCCUAUGUGGUUACCUCGACAAUCAGGACGGCGUUUACCUCGCCAUCAGAGAGGCUAUGCGAGAGCUCUUCCACAGGAGGGAAACCACAGGCCAUAUGAGUGCUAUGUCUUGGUCUGCCUCAGUGUCAACAUUCACCCUUUAUAAGGUUGUAAAGGUUUAUGCUGGAACUCAAUGGUAUGCUACAUACUUCAAAACCCUUAUAAAGCAUCCCGAGCUCCUCUCCAAUUCCACUAAGAGUAAAUGGAUUGUGUUUGGGGAGAGCCUACUGGUUAAGGGCGACGGCCAAAUGUUCCGGCACAUUCUUAACUUCCUGAGAUGUGGUCGUCUGCUGCUGCCUGCAGACUUCAGGGAAUGGCCUUUGCUGUGUCAGGAGAUUGAGGCAUUCCAGAUCCCUGCUCUGUCCAGUGCACUGCAGAGCUGCUCAGACUACAGGGCCUGGUGUAAAGCUAGGGCCCAACCAAGGAAUCUUUUCACAUCAUGCAAAGAUGAAGACAUCUUAGAUUCUAGUCUCGACAGUGAGGAGUCACUAGAUGAAUAUGAGCCUCUAUCAUUUCAAAGGGAAAGCCCUGACAACACUCUUCUUUCCAGUGAAACAUCAAGUACACACUCAGAGAAUGAGACUGCGUGUGUUUCUGUUGGCGCAUCAGCAAUAACAGAAGUGAGACCUGCUGCUACAGAGAAAACAGAGAGAACAGAAGAAAUCUCACUGACAUCACUCAUAUGUCGCUCACCUCCAGCUACAGCCAUUUCCAGCAGCUCCUGUGCUCAUGAGGAGCUGAUGAUUAAGAAAAGCAGCAAGCUUCUACCUGCGAGCACAGCAUGCAGUGGCAGCAAGGGUGUCUCAGAGGAUUUCUGGAACAGAGAAAUGGCCUCCAUAUUGCACAUGCUGCGAGAGAGCAGGCAGAAGGAGGACAGUCCUCUGCUGGAGCGGCUGGCUUUAUUAAUGGAGACCUCAAGGCUUUCAAGAACCGAGCUCAUGCAGAUAUUAUCAGAACUGUCAGAUACAGAAAAGUCUGCCCUCACAGUCACGCUGGUCACAGCCUUCUAUAGUAACUGGCAGAGCUGCAGGGAGCAACAGCAAUACAGUAGCACAGGCAGUGCACAGAGGGAACACACACACACCGAGGAGAGACUGGAACCCAACACACACAUGCACAGAGAACUCAGUCAGAGUCCCAGCAGAGGUUUGAGACAAAAUAAUCAGAUGGCUAUGCAGAGGGCAUCUGUGAGAGGGAGUGUGUUUCCCAUCACCAGCUUCACAUCGCCUGUGGGUGGGUGUGUGUUAACGGUGGAACAUCCGUCAGUGCUGGGAAGAGGAGAGGCAGGGGGCUACUUCACCCACAGUGUCAUCUACACAGAACAGCCUCAGAUGGUGCAGCUUGCCAGGAAAGAGGGCAAUGAUGUUGCAUUUGCAUACUUCAGUAUGUCUUAUGAAGAAAUGGUAUACGCUCGUGAGUGUCAUGCCUUUCUCACUGGCACAAUCUUAGACUCUAGGAGACUCGACCUGAAGGACUGCAUAGUCAAACUGGUCCAUCAUCUCUGGACAGGUCACAUGGGAGUGGACAACUUUGUGCAGGAGCUUCUGACCGUGAUUAGAGUCAGACCCAAUAAACAGCUGGAAAAGCAAGAGAAGCUAUUGCAGUGGGUCAAGUUCACUCUACCACUGGCAAAGAGAUACACAGAGUGUAUCAGAGAGUUACUGAGGAAGACUUCCCUCCACACAGUCAGCCUGUUUCCUCCAGACCUGCUGGAAGUCACCAUACCAACACAAAAGAGGUGUGAAUGGUCAAGCAGUGACCAGCGCCCACUGAGCAGCACAGCAGGCUUAGACUGACCUAGGGUCAGUGAAAAUCUCCCCAGAGGUCCUAGACAUGCUGACUGCUCCACAUGAACGCCGAUCCUGGAACAGGUCUGACCGUCAAAAGCUGGAAAAGCUGGAAACCAGCUAGCCAGUAGCAUCCAAAUGACUGGCCAAAGGUCAGCAUAGAGAAUCCCAAAAAAGAGAAGUGAAUAAAAACUGAAGAGUACACAGUCAUCAGGUGUAAAAGAGAACACCACACUGCCUUUGAUCUAUCAGAGCAUCAUUGUACCCUUACGAUCAGGUGUAGCUCUCCCUUCUGGUACUGAGUUAUUUCAGAGCCAAUUCUUUUGCAGUCUAAAGCAAAGUGGUCAACAGACAGAUGAGGAAAAUAUUUAGAAACAGUUCACAACUGUGUUAAACUAAAACAAUAAAUAUUUACAGUUACUUAUAAGAGUACAGAAAACUACUGUACCAGGACCUAAAAAAGAUAAAUACAACAUUUAAAACAACUUACUUUAAAAAAAAAAAAAAAGUUAUACAUAAGCUAUAUCAGUUCACAAGUGGCUUUUUUUUUU